AAAAUGUUUAUGAAAGUGCUAUCACACACAUUCUGCAGCGCCGGCAGAGAGUCGUGAAAUGUGUCUGCGGGAGCAGCACUGUUCAAAGCUCCUGCACGUCUUUGCGAGCUGACAAAACUUUCUCCCUUUCGCUCUGGAACGUUUCUCUGCAGUACAGCCCAUUAUCUGCCCCAUGUAGAAGAAUGAGAGGCCAAAAGCUGUUGCUCCCUGUGGUGCUAAUGUCUGUGAUGCUGAGUUUCUCAACAAUACAGACGUCUCAUGGACACAACUUGGCAGACGAGCCGUGCACUGUUCAGAUCCUCGUCCCUGGACUCAAAGGAGAACCAGGAGACAAAGGACAAAAAGGAGCACCGGGGAGACCAGGACGAGUUGGACCUCCUGGACAGAUGGGUCAAACAGGAUUUAAAGGGGAAAAAGGAAUCAUGGGACGUUACGGAAAAGUGGGUCCGAGUGGAAUGAAAGGUGUUAAAGGUGAAAUGGGAGACCCAGGUCCACAGGGCCCAGAUGGAGAGCCAGGUGUCCCCUGUGAGUGCACCCCCAUCAGGAACAUGAUUGGAGAGAUGGACAUCAUGGUGGCCCAGCUGUCGUCUGAACUGAAGUUCAUUAAAAAUGCACUGCCCUCCCCUGCAGCUGUUGCUGGCAUUAAAGAGACAGAGAGUAAAGUCUAUCUGUUGGUGAAGGAGGAGAAACGCUACUUUGAUGCUGAGCUCCACUGUCAGACGAGGGGAGGGCACCUGGCCAUGCCCAAGGACGAGGGAGCCAAUGCCGCCAUCGCCGGCUACAUAACGGCGGCGGGUCUGAGCCGCGUCUAUAUAGGCAUCCACGACCUGGACCAGGAGGGUGUGUUCAUCUACGUGGAUCAGUCUCCGAUGACGACCUUCAGCAGAUGGAGGAAAGGAGAGCCCAACGAUGCCUACGAUGAUGAGGACUGUGCCGAGAUGUUGUCCUCUGGAGAGUGGACAGAUGUGGCCUGUCAUCCCACCAUGUACUUUGUCUGUGAAUUUGAUAAGGACAGCGUCUGAGUCCCAAGUGUCCCCACUUCCCCCUACAGUCGUAGCUGACACAGUCUGUACAUAUAAACACAAAAUGAUGAAUGUUGAGCAAAGCCAUAUGUUUCUGCUGAAUCCUGUAGUUUUAGGGCAGGAGUCUCAGACUCUAAUGAGCUGAGGGUCUCUGCUGCCACUGUCAGGGUCACGACACUGUUAAGGCUGUUAAAUAC